AUUCGAAUAUCGGACUAUUCGCACUGUAGUUGCAACUCCUGUGGAAGUUUGUGAGCGCAAUUUCAAUUUUCGCGUAAAGUUUGAGAGAUUUGGACUGGUGUAAUUUACUUUCGAAAAUGGUGUGUUAGUUGAACUAUGACUUAAUUACGUACUAUUAAAUAAGGUGACCUAGGAAAUGUCAACAUCAGUGGAUAUCAAUAUCAAUGGUGCUUCUACUGGUCAUGUUCACUCACAUAACAAAAGGCCGGUUAUCCUUAUUUAUCCUACAGUAUCUCCCGAGACGGUAGUCAUCCCAAUCAUCUCCUGUAUUUUUGGCUUUCCUUUGUUGGCACUGCUGGUCAUAUGUUGUCUGCGCAGAAGGGCGAAGCUGGCUCGCGAGCAAGCGCGUCGCAGGAACAUGGACUUUGAUCACGGACGUUCCCGAGCAAUAAGCCUACGUUCUGAACGAGCAAUGAGCCGGGGAUUUCCAUCGCUAGAAUUGGACACUGUUGUCGAAGAACGUUCCGAACUAGAAGCCGAACAAACUGUUGUGGAAAUGAUGACACCAGAUGGUGAUGCUAAUCCGGUGGAAGAAAGAUAGCAGGAAAGGAAACGGGAUUCUUGUACAGAAAGAUCACCACUUUGGAGUGCACUUACCCACGCUCAUAAUACGUUUUCAAUCGACGUGAAUAGCUGACAAGAGCAACCGGAUCAGUACACUCCUGAUCCGGUUAUACCUCAAAUGAUACCGCUUCCCUUCAUUAAAGGGCACUAACUUCUUCUACCAUAGUGACACUUCCAAUUAAUAUGUAGUGUAACUUUUUGUAUUAAAAAAUUAUCGUAAUUUCGCUAAAACUACCUCUAAUGAAAAAAAACCUACUUUGUAAAUAAUCAUCAUAUUAUUAUUAAGAAAUGUAUAUUAGGUAUAUACAUAUAGGAUUUCUUUGUGUUCUUUAUUCCUAACUUCACUAAAAUAAUUGUUCCAAAAUAAUGAGUAAAUUUCAUAAUUAUUUGCCUUUUCGCACUGAAAACAAAGAAAUCUAUGUUAAGUUUUGGAAUACUUUAUUAGAAUGGUGCUUUUCCUACCUUUUUGUCAUUAAUCUAUUAUCUAAAAUAAGUAAGAAAAUUUGGCAAACACGCCUGUUUAACGUUAUAGAUAUUAAUUGUUGUGUGUACCAAAUAAUUUUUUUAAAUAAAACCUAAAAUAA